CAGGACGGUUAUACCUUCUGUCUGCUACACUCUGCCUCACAUUGUGGAUUUGCUACUCGACAGGAAGACACCUUAGGAGAAGUUAGGAGAAGCAUUCACAAACACACAAACUCACACACACACACACACACCAUGUCGGAUCAGUCGGAGUUCGACACAGACGUGUGGACGCUGACCCGCUUCAUCAUGGAGACCGGGCGUCAGGCCAAGGGGUCGACCGGCGAACUCACCCAGCUCAUCAACUCCAUGCUGACGGCCAUUAAGGCCAUUUCCUCGGCCGUGCGCAAGGCAGGACUGGUGCACCUGCAGGGUCUGGCGGGUUCGGUGAACGUGACGGGGGAUGAUGUGAAGAAGCUGGACGUGCUGUCCAACACGCUGGUCAUCAACCUGCUGCGGGCGUCCUACACCACCUGCUGCCUGGUGUCGGAGGAGAACGAGACGCUCAUCGUAACGCCCAAGGAGAAAAGGGGUAAGUAUGUGGUGUGUUUUGACCCCCUGGACGGAUCCAGCAACAUCGACUGCUUGGCCUCUAUUGGUACCAUUUUUGCCAUCUACAAACGAACAUCGGAGGGGGAGCCCACGGUUCAGGACGCGCUGCAGCCGGGCAGCCAGAUGGUGUGUGCCGGCUACGCCCUGUACGGCAGCGCCACGCUCGUGGCCCUCAGCACCGGAGCCGGGCUCAACUUUUUCAUGUUGGAUCCCGCCAUUGGGGAAUUCAUUCUCACAGAGAGGAACGUGAAGAUAAAGCCGAAAGGGAAGAUCUACAGUGUGAAUGAGGGAUAUGCAAAGUACUUUCACCCCUCCAUUAAUGAGUACCUAAACCACAAGAAAUACCCGGGGGACGGCAGCGCCCCCUAUGGGGCCAGGUAUGUGGGGUCCAUGGUGUCAGACAUCCACCGCACCAUCGCCUACGGGGGCAUCUUCAUGUACCCCGCCAACGAGAAGAGCCCAAAGGGAAAGCUGCGGCUCCUGUACGAGUGCAACCCAAUCGCGUUCCUGAUCGAGCAGGCCGGGGGCCUGGCCACCACCGGGACCCAGAGGAUCCUGGACGUCCAGCCGGAGAGCCUGCACCAACGGGUGCCGUUCGUGGUUGGCUCCCCCGACGAUGUUGCAGAGUACUUGUCGUUUGUCAAGUAGCACCAGUAAACAUUAGGCCCCGUUUCAUAAACGUCAUAGUUUCACUAACGUUCAUAGUUAGUUCCGUAUUAGUCAUGAAUAAACAGAAAUAUGUGAAGGAGACAUUUCAAAUAGAGGCAAAUCACGAUGCAUACUCACUUUUACUUAUAUUUAUACCCUAAUGGGAUGUGUUCCCUUGGGAGUCAUUCACUCUAAUCAAUCAUGCACCAGGAAACGUGUUCUGCAGGAGAAGUGCGAGAGAACAAACAAAACAGCAAGAGGAAGUGUUCUCGUUCUCUGGAAUUAACGGCCACCGCAGACAAAUGGUGGACUCAUUUCUUAGCGCCGAGAGAAAUUGUUUAUGCACGCUUCAGUUAAGAAGUCAUGGUCGACUCAAUCAUUUAUUUGGCCUUUCUCUUUGGAAUGGUAAUUGUGAGCUGUUUUCAAAUGAAUAAAGACCAUUUCAAUUGUUUGAAUUCUUCACCAGUCAAUACAAUAUGAACCAAAAAUGUUUAACAUACUGUAGAAAGUUAGUCAAUGUUUUUAGGGGGCAAGAGAUGUACCCCUAGUGGUAACUUAGUGAUGUGGGUUGAAUGGGUUAAUGAAUGGGGUCACUCAGCCCUCGGGUUUGAAUGGGAUUCAAGCAGGACUCCAAUACAAACUUACGCUACUAAAAUAGAACUGGAAUCUUAAACCACCAAUGGCUGCUCGAUUAGCACAUGGUGUACUUUUGUCAGUUUGUGUACACAAAGGCCAAGUUGAGUCACUACACAUUGUAUAAUACAAGGAUUAUUAUUAUUUUUAAUACAAGUUUUAUCAGGUCAACAUUUAAGAAGAUGCGUCGUAUUUCUGGGGUAACUCCGGUAGGUUUCAAAAACAGAUCUAAACAAUAAUCCAUUAUUAAACUAGGGCAUUCGUUAUGCAAUAGGGUAGCCAUGUGAAAAGUAAAUCGUAAAGUUUCGAAAUGGUUAGCCAAAAGAAGGCAGGAAGUGAAUAAUCCUCAGGGCUCCCUAGCACAAGGAAAAGCAUGACUCAUGUCUUGCCAGCACACGAUGAAUAUGAAGAAUACAGGCACGUGAGAUAACUGGCAGCAGAAGGUAACUGCCAAUCGUACCCAGAGUACACAACGCAUGAUUUUGACGGUUAUUAUUUUCUUUACUCGGGCAGUAAACCUCAGAUAAUGGGUCUUUGUCAAAGUCAUGACCUGCAUUUGAUUUGAAAGACAUUGCAAUCAGAGGGAAAAUCUUAUUGGAAUAGAAUGAAGGAAAACCAGAGUCAAACCACAGUUCCACAAAUUUAAUUGAUCACAGCAAAAGUAAUAAAAAAAAAAAAAAAAAAAAGAGAAUUGAACAUUUAUGGAACGGACAAGGUAAGGGGUUAAGAAAAUGGCUAGAAAGUAGGCAAACAUAUUUACAAAGACUCAAAAGACCA